AAAUAUAAACCAACAUGGCGGCAUACUUGCUCUGCCUCUCAGCGGGCGGAGGAGUACCGCUAUUUACGCGCACGAAAGGGGAUUUAAAACCGCUUCCAUUCCCAGUGAUUGGCUCACUAAAUGGGGUUCACAUGUUUGCCUCUACACACGAUGUUUCAUUGUUAUCAACUACUACUGUAGAUGCCAAGGUUGUUUGGAAAGUCUUUCAUGACAGUAUUACCUUGAUUCUAGUGAGCCGUGAUGACAAUGCAAGUGACAGCCACUUGCAGCAGUUGAUUGAGAAGGUGUUCCUUUCCAUGGUGCUGGUAUAUGGACUGGAUGAUUUGACUAAUAUAAAAAAUAUCGAGCGCUUCAAAAAAGAGAUUAAGGUUUGCUUCAAGCUGGUUGACUCAUUACUAGACCAAGCAGACUUGGACACAUUCUCAGAUCUUACAGACUCUGUUGAUGUUGUUCUGGGACCAGAAAAUAGCAUAUUACAGGAAUACCUUGAUGCGUUUGUGGAAGCAGCAGCCAGUCCAUACGGGUGUUUGUUAGUUUGGGGUAAAGUGGCAGUUGCCACCAGAAAAUGGUGGAGCCUCUCUUCUGUGGAGCUAGUAUUAUUGUCACUCCUAGUCAAUUCUUUACCAAAGUGUUCUGCCAGGGAUAUUCCCAUAUUUCUCCCACAUGGUAGCCCAAAGGUCCCCCAUAGGUUAUUAACAUUCCAGUUAGUCCAGGGAGUAGAAGUCUGUGUAGUUUGUGGACCCACACCUUCCCUAGCAGAACUCCAGAGAGAGGUGGACAGGUUCUGGAGAACUGCAUUUGAGUAUCUGAAAUCCUCAACACGAAUUCAUCCCAGAAAUUUCCCAACCAGUAUUCUUACAGACCAAAGCAUUUUAGGGUUUAUUUUAAUCAACAGAGAAUCCCAUAGGUGCCUGUGUACAGUAGAACCCAUGGAGGAAGACAGUAGUCGGCAGGGCAAAACAAUGAGCAUAUACAGAAGGAGGGAAAUUCUUAGGGCAUUUUACAAAUCAGUUGUAAGGACAAUAUUUACACCUCCACAAAGUGAUAUGGACUCUACGGAAACUGCAGAUACAUUACAUACAAGGUUAAAACACAAAGCAUUGGAGACAUAUAUAGUAUCUGAGACUCAUAAAUGUUUUGCCAUGAAUACCAAUCCAUAUGAGUUGUACGUGUUGUACAGUAUUCACAUUCCUACAUAUGCAUUAAGAUCUACAACCACAAAACUCUUAAGCUCGUUAAUCAAAGAGAAAACAAUGCAGGUAUAGCGGUAGCUGAAAAAUGGACCUCACCAUCAUUCAAGGCUAAAUUAUAGCAGCAGAGAUUACCCUAAAAGUCCAGUCCAGCGUACAAUCAUUGUGAUCUCUGACAGUGUGACAUGUUGCUGCUGUAGGUCAGCAAAACAAAUCACAACAGCUGAGUGGCCAAAUUCUGUGUCAAGUCCUGUGUACGUACCAAAGGAUAUUUUACACCCUGUACCGAGUGAGGACAGGAAGUAGGUAAAUCCAUCUGUUAGCAUCU